CAGAAAGAGCCUCCUCCACCACCACGACAGACGCCUCCCGUGCCCUUCCCUCUGCUGCCUUAAACCAGGUGGCUACUGCAGAGGCAUUCCCGGUCUUCGAGGAAGACACCUCUGAGGUUUCGACCUCUUCAUCUCCCCCUCCUCCUCCUUCUCCUCCCCGGCGCCGGUCGCGCCAAGUGACCAAUCUCGACCGCGCUGUGUUUCUCAGCCUCCCAAAGGCCAAAGUCUUCGACUACGUCGAAUACGUCAAGUGCCUGCGAACCCCUCCCUUCCUCCCUCCUUUCUCUCAGUCUGGCAGACAGGGUGCAGAAGCACCAAUUUCGACUUCAUUCAAUCUCACCACCACCCUCUCCUCUCCUGUCCUCGAAACUGCGCCAUGGGCUCAGUCACGGUCCCGGUGCCAGGACCAGCACGCCUCAAGCGCUCCGCUGGACCAGAUGAGUGGCUCGAAGCAGCAAAAAACUGCAAAUACCUCUCAGAAUACCACAUGAAACAACUCUGCGAGAUUGUCAAAGAGUACAUGAUGGAAGAGUCAAAUAUUCAACCUGUUUCUACGCCAGUUACCAUCUGUGGUGAUAUUCAUGGCCAAUUCUACGAUCUCCUCGAGCUAUUCAGAGUAGCAGGAGGCAUGCCAAAUGAAUCAGCGCCAGAAACUCCUGUCACACCUGCAAACAUUAUCACAUCUGCCGACAUCGAACCCCCCACUACCAUUACAAAUCCGAAACUGAAGAAGAAACUGAAACUUGGCGGUGCAGAACAUCCAGACACACAAAGUGAAAAGAGCAGCGAGAUUAGUGAUGCUGAAGAGAUACCCUCAUCACAACAGUCCGAAGUUGAAGACGAACGGUCAGAAUCAGGAAAUGUCAUUUCAAACCGACAAAAUGCCAACUUCAUUUUCCUCGGAGACUACGUCGAUCGUGGAUACUUUUCUCUCGAAACCCUCACCUUACUCUUAUGCCUGAAGGCCAAGUACCCCGAAAAGAUCACCUUAGUCCGAGGAAACCAUGAGAGUCGUCAAAUUACUCAAGUCUAUGGCUUUUACGAAGAAUGCGUGCAGAAAUACGGAAAUACCUCAGUAUGGAAGGCAUGUUGCCAGGUAUUCGAUUUCAUGACACUUGGAGCCAUAGUUGACGGCAAAGUCUUGUGUGUUCAUGGCGGCUUAUCUCCAGAAAUUCGCACCCUAGACCAAGUCAGAGUCGUUGCUCGAGCACAAGAAAUCCCUCACGAGGGUGCCUUCUGCGACUUGGUGUGGUCAGAUCCAGAAGAUGUCGAAACUUGGGCAGUAUCUCCUCGUGGCGCUGGUUGGCUGUUUGGAGACCGAGUCAGCCAGGAAUUCUGCCAUGUCAAUGGACUCAAUCUUAUCGCCAGAGCGCAUCAAUUGGUCAACGAAGGGUACAAGUAUCACUUCAAGAGUCAAGACGUGGUCACAGUCUGGAGUGCACCAAAUUACUGCUACCGUUGUGGCAACCUUGCAUCAGUCUGCGAGAUUGGUGAAGACAUGAAGCCCACAUUCAAAUUAUUCAGUGCCGUCAAAGACGAGUUACGACACGUUCCGCCCUCGAGAGGCGGCCGCAACGAAUACUUCUUGUAGUGGAAACGUUCUUACGAGAAUAAUACAUCUUGGGAUCAAUGAGCUUGGAGCCUUUCGCCACUUGAGAAUCGCACACUCUUCGGCAUAGCGAUGGCGUGCAUGGAAGAACAUCGCAGGCGGCACAGUGUACACUAUUGGAACGGCUAGGAAUAGAGCUAGCUAUGACAUGAAGCAUGAAAUGCAAAUGACAUGAUGAUUCUAAAGCAAUCAUCUUC